UGAGCUUUUAAGUCAUGCGAGAUUUCUCCGCGAGAUCUUGCUGUUUUCAACAUGGCAGGCAGCAAGUUGGUGCUGGAAGGGAGGAUAAGUAUUAUUAGCUUUAUCUUAGGACUAGGCGUCAUUAUAAUACCUUUACUUGUAAAAUUCGGCGCUCACAUUGACUGGAUAUUCGAUUAUCUCACGGAUGUGAACGGGAAAAUAGCCAUUGCGGCGUAUAUCACAGUUAUCAAUGGCUUCCUGCUAAUCAUGUACAAGGGACCUUUAUACAAGGUGGCUGUUCGAGCCUGCUUUCUUGGAUUUGCCUUCGGAUGUGGUCUCAUUUUAAGUUUUGCAGAUACAACAUGGACCCACUUUGGCUGGUAUAUGUGUUCACUGUCAUUUUUUCACUACUCCGAGUACCUGGUUACUGCCAUGAUCAACCCACGCAGUCUGUCUCUAGACUCAUUCCUGCUCAACCAUAGUGUUGAGUACAUAAUAGCAGCUAUUUCCUCCUGGAUAGAGUUCACUGUGGAACAGCUCCUUAUUCCAGAGAUAAAGCAGGUGAGCUGGCUCUCUCUGGUGGGUCUGGUGAUGGUGCUCUGUGGGGAGAGUAUGCGCAAAGCUGCCAUGUUGACAGCAGGAUCCAACUUUAACCACAUAGUGCAGAAUGAGAAGGCCCAGACCCACAUGCUGGUCACCACUGGAGUUUACGCUUUCUUCAGACAUCCUUCCUAUGUGGGCUGGUUUUACUGGAGCAUUGGCACUCAGAUAAUGCUGUGCAACCCAGUAUGUAUUCUAGGAUAUACAUUCGCCAGCUGGCGGUUCUUUCGAGAGCGGAUUGAGGAAGAGGAGAUCUCUCUCAUCCAUUUCUUUGGAGAGGACUACAUUGAGUAUAAGAAGAAGGUCUUUACUGGCUUGCCCUUCAUCUCAGGGAUCAAAGUUAACUCCUAAAGCUGUACUGCAUUGAACGGAGGAAAUAGCCUGAAAGUGCACACCUGGACACCUCUGACCGGCACUCGGAGCGAGCUAGUUGCCUGGUGGCAUCAUGUCGUGCACUUUGGGGUGGCACAGAUAUAUAAGGUGGCAGCACAGUAAAACUGACUCGUCUGAUCUGCUCUGAGACACUAUGGUCUGCUCUGAGCAGGGUGAAGCUUCCACCCUCAACACCAUCAGAGAUACUAGUACACAAACACCACAUUCCUCCACAUCUGUCUUCACUCCUGCACUUUCUGAUCUUACAUUGUCUGUCUUCUACUAAUUUACAUACCAGUCAUCUGUCAUGUAUCCUCAUAUUUACAGUCUUUGCACCAUGUAAUU